AUGUCGGUUGUGAAUUUUAAUUUAUUUUUUUUAUUAUGUAUUCUAUUAAGUCGGUGUCAAAGUGCGAAAAUUCUUGCUGUGUUUCCAACGCCUUCUAUAAGCCACCAAGUCGUAUUCCGUCCAUACAUACACGAAUUGGUCAGAAGGGGUCAUGAAGUGGUCCUCAUUACACCCGACCCUGCAUUUCCUAAAGGCAAAACUCCAGCUAACUUGACUGAAAUAGAUGUUCACAAUCUAUCAUACAAUCACUGGGAAGAAAUCCUCGCAGAUCACAAUGGUAAAAAAGAAAAUAUAAUACAACAAGUGAUAAAUUUGUUCGAUAAAUUCACAUCUACGUUUGAAAAACAAAUACUUACGGAUGAAGUGCAAAGGAUAUUGAGGGAAGAAGGCGAUUCAUUUGAUCUCAUAGUGGCUGAAGCUUGCGUUCGAACUGCGUUAGGACUUGGUCAUUUAUUGAAAAAGCCUAUGAUACAAUUUAGUUCUUAUGGCGGUGUAACCCAACAAUACAACAUGUUUGGUGCUCCCAUGCAUCCAAUAGUGUUCCCCACGCCUGUGAAUCAAAGACUUUAUAAUUUAAGUACUCGAGAUAAGAUUUGGGAAUAUUUUAAGUUUCUCGUUUUCGAGGUUCUAUGUUUACUUACUUAUGAAAAUGACAUUUCUAUGGCUAAAAGACAUUUCGGUGAUGACCUGCCUUCGUUUGAUGAAGCUACCGAUAAAUACGUGCAAAUGCUAUUUAUAAAUGAGCAUCCUAUAUGGGCUGAUAAUCGUCCCGUUCCUCCUAAUGUUAUUUAUGUAGGUGGAAUCCACCAAACAGCUGAUAAAGAACUUCCAAAGGAUCUGCAAGCAUACCUCGAUUCUUCUAAAAAUGGUGUAAUUUAUAUUAGUUUUGGGACCAAUGUGAGAACUAACACUCUUUCAAUAGAAACAAUUAAAUUGUUGACCACUGUAUUUUCCAAACUGCCAUACAAUGUAUUAUGGAAAUGGGAUGAAGAUGACUUGCCCGGAAAAACGGAUAAUAUCAAAAUAUCAAAAUGGUUACCACAGGCUCAACUACUGAAGCACCCAAACAUUAAGCUAUUCAUAACACAAGGUGGUCUCCAAUCAACGGAUGAAACGAUAAAUGCUGCGGUGCCUGUUAUAGGCAUUCCGAUGUUGGGUGACCAGUGGUACAAUACUGAGAAAUAUGUUCAUCAUAAGAUUGGCUUACAACUUGAUAUACAUACACUGACAGAAUCAGAAUUGACGAAUGCCGUGAAAACAGUUAUUGAAGACAAGAGUUACAAAGAAAACAUCGUGAAGCUUCGAUCACUGAUGCGGGAACAUCCAACAAAACCUUUAGAUUCUGCAGUAUGGUGGACUGAACACAUAAUUCGUCAUGGAGGCUCUCAUUUAAGAUCACCAGCUUUUAAUAUGUCCUUCUAUACUUAUUACGAAUUACCUCUACUUCUUACUGUAGUUUCAAUAUUAAUUACAAUAGUUGUAAUAUCAACGUUUGUGUUACGUAAACUUAAAAAUUUGUUAUUUAACAAUUUACGUGUUAAGUAUAAGAGGUUGUAA